GGGAGGGGUCCGAGCGGAGUUGGGGUUUUAGGCGGGGGCGUGGGGACGCCCGCGGGAGAGUGCGCUCCUCGGCCUCUGGGGGACUUGGUCUGUGAGCGGCGCCCCAGGCGCCUAGGCUGACUGGUCCCGAGCGCCGGCGCCCAUCUUGCUGGCCCGCCGACGCGCAGCUCGCGCGGCCUACACGCUUCGGGGACAGCCUUUGCGGCGACAUCGCCGCGGACGCCGGCCUCUCAAGCCAGAGGGACGCUCUUUUGAAACUCGGUCCCAAAAGAUUUUCUGAAUAUGCUGCCAAAGGAUCCAUGCCAGAAACAAGCCUGUGAAAUACAGAAAUGUUUACAAGCCAACAACUACAAUGAAUUGAAGUGUCAGACUGUCAUCCAAGAACUACGUAAGUGUUGUGCUCGAUACCCGAAGGGAAGAUCUCUGGUCUGUUCAGGAUUUGAGAAAGAAGAAGAAAACUUGACACUGAAGUCUGGAUCGAAGUAAAGUUCUGCUGGAAAAGAAAUGCUGCUCUGUUUCCACCAAGCACAUUUUAUUUAAACUUCCGACUUUCUUCAGGCCAAGUAGCAGCAAAUAUCAAAUGAAAAGGCCAACUACGAGUAUGCCACCUAUGCAGGGGCAGAAAUAUAAAUAUGUUAAAAGACAUGUAGAAUGUAAUAAAACUGAGCUGCUAAAAUAAAA